AUGAACAUAGAGCAACUCGAGAUUGUUUCACUCGAAAAACAAGUUGUAAGUGCUCGUUAUUUUUACCAGAAUCAACAUUUUUUUUCAGAAAUAUCAAAAACUAAAAAAAUUCUUGAAAUAUUUGGCAACUCUUGUGACUGGUGAAAAGCAAAGAAGAGAUGUUAAUUCUGCAAUCGACAACAAAACAUGGGCACAUUUACCUAUCUUUAUGAUUUCGAUGACUAUUUUUCAGGUUUUAUUUGGUUUCAGUCGAGAUUCAAAUUUCUAUGAUUUUUCAGAUAUCAGUAUAUUUUUACUAUGAAAUUCGAUACUAUUAUAGUUAUUAUGGAUGCCUAAGAAGUGUAUUCACUUCUUCUCCAACUAUCAAAUACGAAAUUUGGCGAAUUUUGACUCAUGGAUUUCUUCAUUUUAGUAGAUACCAUCUUCUAAAAAACAUGAGUGCUCAAAUUAUUUUUGGAAUUCCUCAAGAGAUUGCAUUUAGUUAUAUUUACAUUGCUCCACUGUAUUCCGGUGGAAUUAUGUUUUCGGAAAUUUUUAUGAAUGCUAUCAGAAAAAAAGAAAAUUUCACUUGCGGAGCUUCUGGUGGUGAUUUUGCUCUAAUUUUUGCACAAGUUUCCAAUCUUAUAUUGGUAAUAUAAUAAUAACGAGCGAUGAUGAAUAACUAUUUUCUUUUUUUUUCAGAAUUAUAAAGAUAUUUCUUACAAUCAUCUCCAAGCGAUUUGGAUUUUUAUUCACAUUUUUUCGGAUUUUGGAGAAGAUUUGUACUAUAUUUUAACACACGGAAAAGGUGUAUAUGCUCAUGGACAUCAUAUUUUUUCGGCUAUUUAUGGCCUCAUUUAUGGUUUUUGUAUUCUUCAUUACAACAAAGUAAGUGGAUAACGAACUCCUUUUUGAAAAUUCGAAAAAAUGAAAAAAUUUUACAGAAAACUCGAAACUGGAACAUUGUGCGAUUUAUCUUUUUAUCAAUAUAUUUUUCAUGUUUAAUUGUAGCUAUUUUCAAAUAUUAUGUUAUGGACUUGUAA